AUCUCAUGCUCUCACAGUGAUACAGGAACUGGCAUAGUGUCAAACAAGUCAGACACCUGACGGUCGGUGACCGAUUGUUUCCCGAUUUAAGACAGUGGUCAAAUCUGUUAGAAGAUGGGGGCGUGUAUGGCUUUAUGUUCACUUGCCAGCUGUGCCUCGUGUCUGUGUGGCUCGGCGCCGUGCCUGCUGUGCGGGUGCUGCCCCUCCUCCAACAGCUCCACCAUCACACGGCUGGUCUUCUCCUUUUUCCUACUCCUGGGCACACUCGUCUCCAUCAUCAUGAUCCUGCCUGGCAUGGAGACAGAGCUGCAGAAGAUUCCAGGUUUUUGUCAAGGAGGCACCUCUAUACCGGGUCUAGAGAAUCAGGUCAACUGUGACGUGAUCGUGGGCUAUAAGUCAGUGUACCGGAUGUGCUUUGCGAUGGCUUGCUUUUUCUUCUUCUUCUCCGUGCUCAUGAUUCGGGUGCGCAGCAGCAAAGACCCGCGUGCUGCCUUUCAGAAUGGAUUCUGGUUCUUUAAAUUCCUGAUCCUGAUCGGAAUCACUGUGGGGGCUUUUUUCAUCCCUGAUGGAACCUUCCACAAUGUGUGGUUCUACUUUGGCAUCGUGGGCUCCUUCAUGUUCAUUCUCAUUCAGCUGAUCCUGCUCAUAGACUUCGCUCACUCCUGGAACGAGAUCUGGGUGCGCAAUGCAGAGGAGGGUGGCAAAGGCUGGUAUGCAGGUCUUCUCAUCUUCACUGUGCUCCACUACGCGCUGUCUUUCGCUGCCGUGGUCCUGUUCUAUGUGUACUACACCAAGCCGGACGACUGCACGGAGCACAAAGUCUUCAUCAGCCUCAACCUCAUCUUCAGCAUCGUUGUGUCUGUCAUCUCCAUCCUGCCCAAAGUUCAGGACAGUUCCCCCCAGAGCGGCCUCCUCCAGUCUUCCAUCAUCACCCUAUACACCAUGUACGUCACCUGGUCGGCCAUGACCAACAAUCCAAACCGUGAGUGCAACCCUAGCCUGCUGAGUCUGGUCUCUAAUGUGAGCGCCACUGAGCCCCUCCCCACCAGUGCCCCAGGACAGGUGCAGUGGUGGGACGCGCAGGGCAUCGUGGGACUGGUCAUCUUCCUCUUCUGCACACUCUACGCAAGCAUCCGUUCGUCAAGCAACGCUCAGGUCAAUAAGCUGAUGCAGACGGAGGAGGGACGGGACUCAGGCGGCAAGGGGGAGGUGGGCGAGGACGGCCUGAUGCGUGCUGUGGACAACGAGGAGGAGGCCGUCACCUACAACUACUCCUUCUUCCACUUCCACCUCUGCCUCGCCUCCCUCUACAUCAUGAUGACCCUCACCAACUGGUACAGUCCGGACACGAAGACCCACGUGAUGCAGAGCAGCAUGCCGGCCGUGUGGGUGAAGAUCUGCUCUAGCUGGCUGGGCCUCGGCCUCUACCUGUGGACGCUCAUCGCCCCGCUGAUCCUCCCCGACCGCGAUUUCAGCUGAGCAACACACUUACUCACUCUGUUUGUGUGUGUGUAUGUGUGUGUGUGUGUGUGGGAUGUGGAUGUGGAACUGUGACACCUCCUCUCUUACUCAAUGUUAUAUUAUUAACAGUCUGUGCCCAAAGCCACCAACUUAAGGGAUGUAAAAGGUUUAUUUUUUGUAUUUUUUUUUCUUCUUACUGGCAGUAAUCCAGGAAAGAUGUGUCAGUAUGAAAUAUGAAGCAUUUCAUCCCCAGUUAUUGGAGUUGGUAUCAUAAGUAUUGUGUCCCGUUUAUUUUCUACACCUGGAGAAUGUGUAGGCCCCUUGAGAAUAUUGAUUGUUUGUAGCAGACUUUUCUGUUAUUAAUUUAUGGUGCACAGGUGCUGAAAAGUUUUUGUUUUACUGGAACAUUAUAAUCUCUUUUUUAUUACCUCUUUCAGAGGUGUUACUGAGCUUGCAAUUACUGUCUUCAUAGAUAACAGGAAGCUUUAGACACUGGUACUACACAAUAGCCACGUUACUACACAAAUAUGCAUUCAACAACUGCUGCUAACUAGACCUAACCAACUACCUGAAGCAUUCUCUCUCUCUGUCUCUCUCCCUCUCUCUCUCUCUCUCUCUUUCUCUCUCUCUCUUUGUGUGUGUUUGUACAGAAAUCUCAUCUCUUUUUUUGUCCCAUGCAGCUCAUAGCAUUUCAUGCAUUUCAGUUAGCUCCCUUAUAGUCAGUUGUCCAUUUCAGCACUGUGUUAACUGUGUCAUGAUGGCACAUAGGAAAUCCCCUGGGGUGACCUUUGGGGGUCCCCACCCCCCGUCCUCACCUCCCCUGGGGUCCCCCUGGGGUUCUGUUUUGUAAGGGGUGUUUUUCACCUCCACUCCGUCCAGUCCCCCAGCGUAGAGCCUCAUGGAGAGCCUGUGUGUGUGUGUGUGUGUGAGAGAGAGAUAAGGCUGGCAUGACACGCCCUACCCUCUUUCCCCCACGCUGCACUUGGAGGCUUCUCUGAGGGAGAGAAGAGAGGGUGAGCUAGAGAAGGAGAGAAGCCAAGGCCAAUCUUAAAUCUUGGGAGCUCUACAUUUCAUCUCCUCUAAGUCAAACAUUUCAUCACAUUUCACAUGGAAAGGACACAUGGAAUAUGUGUGUGUGUGUGUGGUGUGUGUGUGUGUGUGUGUGUGUCCACACACCAUGCUGGGUGUACAUUUGAGCACUACCAGGGCAGACUAAUUUUGUCUCUGUAUACAGCAGUGAUGUCAAAGGUGAAUAGGGAAGUGAUUGUACGAAUUUAAAGGCAAUCAGUUUUUAAGGUCUUGAAGUUUAGUGUGAUUGGUGGUUAUAGUAAAUGUUUGUGAUUGAAUGGUUGGUAUGAAAUGAUUGCAAUACAUAACGUUAGUUGUUUUAAUGUUUUGUUUAUGAUUUAAGAUUGAGACCAUGCACUACAAUAUUAAAACAAGGAAGAAGGAAUCAUUCAUAUGUAAUUUUUAUGUCAUUUUUAUCUUUCACAUAAUGAGUCAUGCCAUUUCCCAUUUGAUGCCUUUAUGUUUUAUAUACUAUAUACAUUUCUAAAGGAUGUACAUGAUGUCUUGAUCAUCUUUUAAUAUUGUUUUGCUGGAAAACAAUAUUGGGAAAAUUAGUGAUUUAUUGAUGUUUACACCGUUCAAUUGGACUAUGUUUGGAAAAUAUGAAGGUGCAUUAUAAAAUAACCCAAUUAACAUAGCACCAAUAGCACUGUACUGUGGAGAUGCAAUAGAAGCAUGUCUUGAGUAUUUCGGUUACAUGAAGAAUGUGGUGACAAUGACAAUGUCAUGACUAAACGUCUCAUAAGCAUGUGAGCACUAACCGUCAGCAACAGCAGCAAGUAAAGUUCAGAUUAUUAGAAUGACCGUAAACAGUGUUGUUGAUAUUGCUGCAAGUGCCUUCUUUGAUAAUAAUAAAUCAUGCAUAAAUAAAGAUGACUUCAUCCAAUUCA